GGAAAUGCCAUCAAGUUCCAAUUCCUUUCACCUUUUGCUAUGACCCUUUUGAGCUGGAGCGUCAUUGAGGACAGCGCAAAAUACAAUGCUGCCGGGGAGCUCAACCAUGUCAAGGACAUCAUUAAAUGGGGCACAGACUACAUUCUCAAGACCUUCAGCUCUUCUGCCAGUACUAUUGACGUAAUUACCGGGCAGGUUGGGAUUGGAGACACCUCUGGAGGAAGUGAAGAAGCCCACAAUGAUGAUACUGCUGGACGCGCCCUGAGGAUAUCGAUUACUCUCGACCUAUAUCGACGAAUGUCUCAGGAUAUUGGGACGAGUUUAUUUGGGGAGCUACCUGGUUGUAUUAUGCCAGGUAAUUAUUCCUAUCUUCACCUCGCAACGACGCCCGGACUAGCUAAAAAGGCUGAUGCUUUCUCUAUUGGCCCUGACUAUGGCGUCCUUAGUUGGGACAACAAGCUUCCUGGAGCACAGCCGAUUAAGGAUGUUGUUGAAUCCCGGUUACCCCUAGGGGGAAAUGCUGAAGGGCAUUUCAGGAUUGGACCUGGACAAGUACAUAAAUUGAAGGUGUUGUACUUUUUGUCAGGAGGCUUGAUCCAGUUAAACCAUGGAAAGCUUCGGCCUCUUCAACAUGUAGUAAAUGCAGCCUUCUUAGCCUCUCUAUACAGUGAUUAUCUUGAUGCUGCUGGCACAAAAGGAUCGUUCUGUGGGCCAAAUUUCUUCUCUACUGAUAUCUUGCGAAAGUUUGCCAAAACUCAGAUUGAUUACAUUUACAUACAACAACCCUCAAAAAAUGAGCUAUGUGGUGGGAUUUGGCAACCGCCCUCCAAGCCAAACCCAAAUACGAUUGUGGCAGCCAUGGUGGGUGGCCCUGACAAGCAUGAUGGCUUCCACGAUUUCCGUCCCAACUACAACUACACCGAGCCAACUCUUGCAGGUAACGCAGGCCUGGUCGCUGCACUUGUUGCAUUGUCUGGCCAUGGUUCCACCGGAUUUGACAAGCAUACCAUUUUCUCUGCACUUCCCCCACCUAGAAAACCAUGAGAAUCAAAACGUUUCCUGAGUUUUCUACAUGUUGCUCAUUGCCCUGUGAACAUGAUAAAAUAAAUAACGAGGAAUUCA